AUGGACAAAUGUCGCGAACAUUUCCCGGCAGGCCAACUGCAGACCUACGCAUCCAUAGGGUGCGGGCUGCUAGGUCAAGAUUGGAUAAUCUUGGAGCAGAUGCGUCGCCAAAAAAUGCUCCCACGACGCGCAGUUUUUGUUGAGCUGCGUACAGCGAGGCCCGUUAUGACAUGCGAAGGCGCAGAGUUCCCGAGGAUGAGAGAAGGUGGUGGCAUCAAUUUGCGCCAGACGGGGUUUUGCGGAGACCUAGGUCCGGACUUUGCUUUCAGCGCGGUGUUGCAGUUCAACAGGCCUGCUCCUGCCAGCUCUGGCAGUUUCCUCUUCGACUUCGCGGAUGAUGCUCGGCGAGAUGUCAUCUUUGCGGAAGUUGGCGGUCCGGAUAAGAUUGGCCAUUUGACCUUUGGAUGCAUCAUUGGUGACCAAACGCAUCGUCUUCCUGUCGACGACUGCUGGCAGCCCGGAGAUCAGGCGCACACCUUCCUGUUCACGAUCAGUGCUGUCGGGAUGUACAACAUUUACAAGGAUGGGCAGCUCAUCGCAAGAUCAUAUGGGCCCCCACCAGCGUCCUCUCCGAAACGUCACUUGUACGUGGGACAGUGUGCUCCGAGCUAUGGCCUGCAUCAUAGUUUUCAUGGUCGCAUCCAGAAGAUCAAGGUGUGGGAUCAAGAAGUUGACACACUGGCAACUGAUAUGAUGUACAGCCAUGAAGUAGCAAAUGCUCAUCAGACAAUCGCCCAGCUGAGGCCUGAGUUAGGCCACAGUCCAUUCGAGCAUUGUUGUGAUUUUCUGUCACGCACCGCACUUCAACUCUGGGAUCCCUCCCAGUUCCAUGCAGACAGCGAGAGAGCCAAAGCGCCAGGAGCUGCCGGCAUGAACCCUCUAAGGAGGCGGACGCUUACGAUAACACCUGAAGCAAGCAAGCAAACGAGGAGCUGCCGGAAAUGA